UUGGUUGUUUUUUUUUUUUGUGUGUGUGGGGUUUUUUUUUUGUAUCACUAUUGGUAUUUUUUCCACUGGCGACUCCCGUGCGUUUGUGGAUUGCAAGCCGUCCUUGCAGUCCGAUUGUUCACUGCAUUUUGUCUGCAGAUCCUCCCUUUGUUUGCACACAUCCCCCUGUUAUUUUUUAAUAUUAGCCCCUCACCCCCCCCAACCCCCCUCCCCCAUCGUUGUCGUUCGUGGUUAAAGUCACUCUUUUUUCGGGGGGCGCUGUAUUUAAGCACUUAAGAUGCACUGCUAUCUCCUGAGCGUGUUCCUCACCCUGGAUCUGGCCGCCGUGGCUCUCAGCCUGUCUACCUGCAGCACCCUCGACAUGGAUCAGUUCAUGCGCAAGAGGAUCGAGGCGAUCCGGGGGCAGAUUCUGAGCAAGCUGAAGCUCACCAGCCCCCCGGACGAGUACCCCGAGCCCGAGGAGGUGCCCCCGGAGGUCAUCUCCAUCUACAACAGCACCAGGGACCUGCUGCAGGAGAAAGCCAACCACAGAGCCGCCACUUGCGAGAGGGAGCGGAGCGACGAGGAGUACUACGCCAAAGAAGUUUACAAAAUAGACAUGCAUCCGUUUUACCCCGAAAAUGCCAUCCCACCAAGCUAUUACAGCCUUUACUUCAGAAUUGUUAGAUUUGACGUCUCGGCGAUGGAGAAAAAUGCAUCCAACUUGGUGAAGGCUGAGUUCAGGGUCUUCCGCCUGCAGAACUCAAAGGCACGGGUCUCGGAGCAGCGGAUAGAGCUGUACCAGGUUCUGAAAUCCAAAGAAUUAUCAUCACCAGGACAGCGCUACAUUGACAGCAAAGUGGUUAAAACAAGAGCUGAAGGAGAAUGGUUGUCUUUUGAUGUCACUGAGGCUGUACAUGAAUGGCUCCAUCACAGAGACAGGAACCUUGGAUUUAAGAUAAGCUUACAUUGUCCGUGCUGCACCUUUGUGCCUUCCAAUAAUUAUAUCAUCCCAAAUAAAAGUGAGGAGCUUGAAGCAAGAUUUGCAGGUAUUGAUGACUACACAUAUUCCAGUGGUGAUGUGAAAGCUUUAAAGUCCAAUAGGAAAAAAUACAGUGGGAAGACCCCACAUCUUCUGCUAAUGUUGUUACCCUCCUACAGACUUGAGUCGCAACAGCCCAGUCGGCGGAAGAAGCGUGCUCUAGAUGCUGCCUAUUGUUUUAGGAAUGUGCAGGAUAAUUGCUGCCUACGUCCACUUUAUAUAGACUUCAAGAGGGAUCUUGGCUGGAAAUGGAUUCAUGAACCUAAAGGAUAUCACGCCAAUUUCUGUGCAGGAGCCUGCCCAUAUUUAUGGAGCUCAGAUACUCAGCACAGCAGAGUACUUAGCUUGUAUAACACCAUAAAUCCAGAAGCUUCUGCCUCUCCGUGCUGUGUGUCCCAGGAUUUAGAACCCCUCACCAUCCUCUACUACAUUGGCAAAACACCCAAAAUUGAACAGCUGUCCAACAUGAUUGUAAAGUCUUGCAAAUGCAGCUAAAGGAUACCCCAGAAACAGCGUGACGUGUGUGUAUCAAAAAUAAAUAAAUAAAUAAAAAUAAUAACCAAGAAAAAAAAAAAGAGAGAACGAGGAGGAAAGAAAGAAAAACAAAAACCCAGGUUCAUCAGUGUUAAAAGGAACAAAAAAAAACCACGAAGAAAAACAAGCGGUACUAGUCUGAACUGUUUGAAAGUUUUUGUUGUUUUCUUUUUUAAACUGGCAUCCGAAGCAAAACAUUGAAGGCCUUUAUCUUACAUUUCACCUACACAUAGUGUGAGAUAGACAAGAAGCAAAGUUAAAGGAAAAAAAAACACAAAAAAACAAACCUUUUAAAAAAUAAACACUGGAAGAAAUUUGUUAGUGUUACUAUGUGAAAGGAAAAAAACAGGAAAAUCCCAUGAAGUGGAGUUGCUGUAUCUGUCCCGUGCCUUACUUGAUCUCUCUGUAUUGUUAUGCAAUAGGCAUCCUACCCAUUCCUCUUAGUUGUAGAGUUAACAGUGCAUUAUUUAUUUGUGUGUAAAAACUAUCAAAUGAACAUUUCCGUAUCGCCAUUGGAAAAGGAAAACCAGCAAAUGUGGACAAAAUGGAGACCAAAUAAGCUGCCAGAAAUACAUAGAAAGCCUAAAGGAACACCAGCUCGAAAGUUUCAGAAAGUAAUGGUUAGUUUAGUUGGAUUUAAAUAGAAAUCAGUUAUUACACUAUUGAGAAACUCUGCCUUUAAAAUACCUUAUUUUUCAUGCCAGCUGCCUGGAGAGGCUUCUUGUAAGGUCUCAAACCCUUGUUUUAAAUACUGAAUAACUUACUAAUAAAGGACACUCUGUCUCAGUCUCAAAGACAAGUCUAUAAGAUUUUUUUAAUUUUUUUUAAUUUUUUUUUUUUUUUUACUGUAAAUGAUUUAAAUGUCAGUUUAGUAAACCAGUAAAAUAUUUAACAUGUACUGGUCUAAUCUUCAGACCUUAAUAUGUUGCUGUAUAGCUAUGCUAUGGGAUUUUUUGUUCUUUUGGUAUAUGUAACCAUACCUAGAGUAUUGCAAUAGGUGGGUAGUAAAAGCCAGCUUAAUUGGAAACAUAUCUGUAGAUCUCUAUUUGUAAACUAUUAAAAAAUUAAGUACUUUAUGUGUAAUGUGUAAAUUUUCACCAUAUUUUUGUACUCUGUAAUACUGUCAGCUCUCAUGAGUUUGAAUUUGAAUUUGGGGCUCUUUUUGAUCACUCAGAAUCAUGUGUUUCCCUCUAGCUGGCCAGUAUGAGUAGAGUCCCUAUAUUUUGACUUGCACUACAAAUACAUGUUUUAUAAUAAUUGCUAUACAUGUGCUUUGUAUAUUGUUCAUCAUUAUGACAUAAGCUACCUGACUCCAUUUGUGGUUUUUUUAUUUUGUUUUAUUUUGUUUUAUUUUAUAAAAAAGGAUGGAUUGAAGUGCUCUUUCCUCCCCUCCUUCCCUCCUUCCUCUCUCAUCCCCGUUUGUAACAUUUGAAUCGCAACGCGGUUCAGAGGCAGAGAGUGACAGCCGGUCCUGUGUGAAAGGCUGGCAUGCACAUCUGCCUCAGCAAUGCCUUUGCAUGGGGCACGGCAUGGUAGCAGGCUGCCCUGGGUUCGCACAUAGCAGGACUUGCCCUGUGGUUAAGCUGUGGGGCUGAUCCUGCUCCCAGUACAGUAUCAGAGGCUUGCCUUUAACUUCUGCAGUGGCAUGGCAUGAUUUGCAGGGUCAGACUCUUGAGUUUUUGAGUUUUCAAACCUAUUAAAAGAAGAAAAGAAAAUGGAAAAAGAAAUAUGGGGUCUCUAGGGCUUUGUUGCUGUUACGCGUUUGAAUACUGUAGAGGGAGUUAAAAAAAUAAUCCACGUUAUACAUUUCUUUUCUAAAAAGUUUAAAUUGGCAAAAAAAAAAGUCACAAAGAAGGCGCAAUCAUAUGAUGAAUGGCUUUGCAUGGCAAAGCUUGAAAACUGUGUUAGAAACGUGCUACUUGGAUGAGAAGGACAUUUUCUGUCAUUGACCUGAGUGGUGUCAGGAGGAUGCUCCCGAGCUUUACAUUGUCAGCUCCAGUUCUAAGAUGUGCAAUUUCUUUGACUUCAGCAGAACACUGAUGCAAGGCUGAAGUACCGCAGCGGCUUGCACCCACAGCUCCUUGGGACUUCAGCAGUCUAUGCUUAUUGCCUUCAUAGACAUGUAGCCCCACAGAUGAUCUAAUCCCACCCAUUGACUCAGCACAGAGGAGGAGGUACAUUAGACUUCUGAUUCAUUUAGUGAGUUGAGAUGAACAAGUGAAAAAUCUGUCCUGCUAACACUUGCUUGAGCCAGACUUACUCCAGUGAGAAGAUGCACUGAACUCAGUGAAACUCCUCAGGGUAGUAAAUACUCUGGAUUUUGCUGCAUACAGCAGCAAAAUUAGUUUUAUCAGGUUCAGUAUGAGAACUGUAUUUUUGUUGGACAGGAAGGGAGACAUGGAUGAACACAUUUCAUAAGACUGAAGAACAUUUUUGCAAUUCUCAGCUACGGGAAUGCAACUCAGAGUGGAUUUGAAGCUUUGGAAAAGUGGAAUACAAGAUAGCAUAGUUGUCCAAUUAUACUCACUAUGCGCUGGACGCAGCUAAAGAUUUUGGUUUGGGUUUGGAGUUUUUGUUGUCUAAAUUUAAAUAUAAAGCCGUAUUUCUGUAAAUCAUUACCACAAGAUCAGAUACUUUUUUUUUUAAAACUUUUUUUCCUCAAAAUGCACUGAUGGUAUUUGAAAUAUUCUUAUAAAGCUCCUACGAUUUUGUUUUCUCCACUUUAUUAGGCACGUAUUUCCCUUAAUUACCAGGGACACUAUUAGAUAUGAUCCUACAGUGUGCAGAACUCAUGGGUGAAACACCCCUCUAUAGAGUGGUGUGAUGUGAGGCCAAACACCACUCAGGUCUGAUGUCGAUUACCCACCCACCCCCCUCCAUCAAACGAUGUUUAGAUGGGACUGCAAUGGUUCAAAGACUGUCACAAUAAGUAGGUACCAUCUCAGCAAAGUCCCUGAGCAUUGGUGAUGCCCAGCACCUGGCAGGAAAUGUUCCGCACUUUGAAAGGUCAGACCCAAAGGAGCUGUGUGAGCCUGAGGGGGGUCUUAGCACUUAGCUGAGUGGGUUAGGACAGCAUUUUUUAUGUGUUUAGCAACAACACAAUUGUAUGGUUGGCAUGGUUUAAAAGAAAAAAAAGAAAAAAAAAAGGAACUUAAAGGACAGCUGUGUUGUACUUUGGUGAUCGAUUACUCUGUAUUUUAACACAUUGUAUGUCUGUUUUUGUGGUGCUCUAGUGGUAAAUAAAUUAUUUCAAUUAUA